GUAGUCAUGGAGAAGCAACUAGAGGAGCUGAAACAGCAGCUAGAGAAACAAUGUAUGAUCAACCAGGAGCUGCAGAGGCAAAACAAAGACCUGGAGCAACGACUACAGGAAAAAGAAAAACUUUUGCAAGAGCUCGACAGUCAAUAUCAUGAUCUGGACUUUCCCUCUCAGAGCGGUCAUGACAUCGAUCCGGAGGUCAGGAAGAGCCGUGCGGCUGUCAUCGCCUCCGAACCAAUCCCAGAGACCCUUGAGAUCAAACACAUGAGGGUCAAGAAAAACGCCAGCGAGACCAAUCUCAUUGUCAAAGCCAUCCAGAAAAAUGACUUCCUGAGCCGCCUCGACGAUGAGCAAACAGCCAUGAUGGUGGAUCUUUUGGCUGUGUCCAGCUUCAAACCAGGGGAGGAUGUCAUUAAAGAGGGAACUGAAGGAGACAGCAUGUACAUAGUCGCAGCUGGUGAGCUUGUUGUCACCCAGGCAGGCCGUAACCUCCGCAGCCUCACCACUGGUGAUGUGUUUGGGGAGCUGGCCAUCUUGUAUAAUUGCAAACGAACAGCAACAGUCAAAGCAAAGACAGCAGUGCGUCUGUGGAGCAUGGAGCGACAAACCUACAGGACGAUCAUCACCAACAAGUCCAAGAAGAAACGAGAGCAGCUCAUGGGCUUCCUGAAGACGUCUCAUACUCUGAAAGACCUGAAUGAUGUCCAGUUGUCCAAAAUCAUUGACUCUAUGGAGGAGGUGAAGUACCAGGACAAAGAUGUUAUAGUUCGAGAAGGAGCAGAAGCCAACACCUUCUACAUCAUCCUCAAAGGAGAGGUCCUGGUGACUAAGAACGUGAACGGGCAUCAGAAGCAGAUUCGCCGGAUGGGAAAAGGGGAGCACUUCGGGGAACAGGCCCUGAUACGGGAAGUCUUGAGAACAGCCACCUGCAGUGCGGACGGCCCUGUUACCUGCUUCUCCAUCGACAAGGAGGUAUUUGAAGAGACGAUUCCCAUCGAACACCUGGAGCUGUUUGACGACUCCAAAGUCCUGCAGGAGGCACAAGCUCCAGAGAAGACGAGUCCCAGCUCCACGUUGAGGUUUAAGGACUUGGUCCCUGUGCAGUACCAGGAGGGACGCUAUCAAGGAGAUCCUGUCACGCUUGGAGUCGGAGGGUUCGGCCGUGUUGAGCUGGUGACCACAUUGAAUCAUGGGAAAUAUUAUGCCAUGAAGCGAGUCAGCAAGAAGCACAUUGUGGCCAAGAGACAGGAGGAGCACAUGUUGUUUGAGAAGAAGAUCCUUAAAGCCACGCAGUGUGACUUCAUCGUCGGGCUUCAUGCAUCUUUCAAAGACUCGCGAUACAUCUACAUGGUCAUGGAGUUCUGUGUUGGAGGAGAAAUCUGGACCAAACUCAAAGAAGUAGGGCGUUUUGAUGAACCCAUUGCCGUGUUCUGCACCUCCUGUGUGGUGGAGGCCUACGCCUACCUGCAUAAGAAGAACAUCAUGUACAGAGACCUGAAACCUGAGAACCUGAUGCUGGACGUUAAGGGCUACGUCAAACUGGUUGACUUUGGUUUUGCUAAGGAGUUGGUACGCGGUGAGAAAACCUACUCAUUUGUGGGCACUCCUGAGUACAUGGCCCCAGAGAUCAUCAAGAACCAGGGACAUGACUUUGCAGUUGACUUUUGGUCCCUUGGCGUCCUGAUCUAUGAGCUAUUGGUGGGAAGCCCUCCCUUUUCAAGUUCAGAGCCUCAGAAGAUUUACGCUAAGAUUUUGGACGGGGUGCCCAAGUAUCCACCUUACAUGAGUGAGGCAGCCAAGUCCAUCAUCAGCAAAAUGUGCAGACCUCGGCCGGGUCAGAGGUUAGGAAACACCAAGAAUGGAAUCAAAGAUGUCCGGAAUCACAGGUGGUUUGGCAGUAUGAACUGGCACAAACUGCGUGUCGGUCAGCUCGACGCCCCCACAGUCCGGCUCAUACGCAAGGGACCCUGCUAUAUCAACUUCGAUCGUUUCCCUCUUGAUCAGACGAAGGCUGAAGAGGAAUUUUCUGGAUGGGACCGUGAAUUCUGAGUUUCCUCUGUCACCCAAAUGUGGAGCCAAAUCAGAAUAACCUCAGUUUAAGGGGAACCACGUUUGGAAUUGAAAUACAGACUUCAUUUCAUAAUCAUUUGAUUUUCAGUUGAAGUGGAACUCCAGAGAAUCACCUUUCCCAAAAUAGUUGUUUUAAAGCUUCUCUGUUGCCGUAGAGAGACAACCGUCUAGGUGGCAAAGUGCCAAAAAUAAGAGGUGUCAGGACAAGAUGUUAGGACAUUGUGUUUCUACAUUCAGUGCAGGGAGAUUUGAUGCCCUUUGAGGAAGUGUUACCAACAUCAUCGUAUAACACACAUCACUGAUGAGAAUAACACACCCAUCCAUGUGCUGACUAACUGAGAAAAAAGGCUUGAGUCAUAUUGUACUGAAGGCCAGCUCUUACCAAGCCUGACAAUGAAAUCCAUACUUUAAUAUUUUGGAUAUGUUAGUUUUAGAGAUAAAACAUGCUUAAAUUGCAAAGCUGGUAAAUGCUUAUAUUGUUGUUUUUUAAUGUGAACUGUCACUUUCUUAAGGAGCAUUUCCUUACUUUUGAAUAAUCUCUUGCCUUUUUAUGUGCAGAUUAUUUCUCAAGCACCUUGAUUGUAUUUUAAAAAGAUAAUUGAACAUCCUAAUGAAACUUUCUACUUGACUCAAGUUUAGUAAAUAAAA